AUGACCACCAAAUCAGCGCCGCUUACCUGUCCUGGCCAUACGCGCCCCGUGGUGCAUUUGGAGCACUCGGAGCGGCAGCAUGACGGGACGUACUUGCUGCUUUCGAGUUGCAAGGACAGCAAUCCCAUGCUGCGCGACUGGCUCGGUGACUGGAUGGGCACGUUUCUUGGGCACAAAGGCGCGGUGUGGAGCGCCAAGCUGACGGGUGGCGAUGCGGCGCGUGCCGUGACUGGCAGUGCAGAUUUUUCAGCCAAAGUAUGGGAUACGUACACGGGCGAGGCGGUGCAUACCUUUUCGCACGAGCACAUUGUACGGAGCGUCGCGGUGAAUGCGUCAGGCAGCACGCUCCUCACGGGCGGCCACGAAAAGAAACUGCGCUUAUUUGAUCUGAAUAAGCCAGCCGCAAGUGCGCAGGAUGCACAGCUCUUCAAGCCUUUUUCGGCGCGCGCCGACGGUACGACGCACGAUGGCAAAAUCCGCAGCGUUGUGCUGGGCCGCGGCGCAAAUGGCGCGCAAAAUAUGGUCGUGACCGCCGCAGAUGAUUGCCAUAUCCAGUGGUGGGAUCUGCGCACACUAGCUCCCGUGCACGAACUCGUUCUGGACCAGCCUUUUGUAUCGAUGGACCGGUGUGCGGGCACGUUUAGCGAGCUCAUCACGGUCACCACUGGCAGCGACGCGCUCUUUUUUGACCUUGCGACGCACGAGGUAGUGAAGAAACACACGCUGGACAUUGCGCCAUCUUCUGUGUACUUGCACCCCACCAAAGCUGACCGGUUCGUCGCAGGGUGCAUCAACGACGAGUGGGUGCGAGUGUACGACUAUGGGACGGGCGAGUGCAUGGAACUGAACAAAGGGCACCACGGCCCCGUGCACUGCGUCAGCUACACGCCGGAUGGCGAGGUUGCGGCGAGUGGGAGCGAGGACGGCACAGUACGUCUUUGGCAAGUAAAUCCCGGUAAAAAGUACGGCCUUUGGUCAUAG